AUGUUCGGUCGACAAGGGUCCGGACGCAAGUCGGAUGAUACCAAGCUGUACGAUGUGCUCGGGGUGAGUAAGAGCGCGACGCCGGCGGAGAUCAAAAAGGCGUACCGCAAGAUGGCGGUGAAACAUCACCCGGAUAAAGGCGGGGAUGAACACGUGUUCAAGGAAAUCUCGGCGGCGUAUGAAGUGUUGAGCGAUGAGAAUAAACGGGCGAUGUACGAUCAGUACGGUGAGGAGGCGCUGAAGGAUGGCGGGAUGGGCGGCGGCGGAGGGGGGUCGCCGUUUGACAUUUUUGAAGCCAUGUUCGGCGGGAACCCGUUUGGGGGACCGGGCGGUGGACGCGGCGGUGGACGCUCUCGCGUGCGAAAGGGCGAAGAUGUCGUGCACGCGCUUAACCUUAGUUUGGAGGAGUUAUACGGCGGCGUGACGAAGAAGCUGAGCUUGUCUAAGAACAUCAUCUGCCCAAAGUGCGACGGUAAGGGGAGCAAGUCGGGGGCGAGCGGCACGUGUAACGGCUGCCGAGGCGCCGGCGUCAAGGUUGUCGUUCGACAGAUCGCUCCGGGCAUGGUACAGCAGAUGCAAACCGUCUGUAACGACUGCCGAGGCACCGGACAGACGAUCAGCGAGAAGGACAAGUGCGAGCAGUGCCGCGCCGCUAAGGUUGUGCAAGAGAAGAAGGUUCUCGAAGUGCACAUCGAAAAGGGCAUGAGACACAACCAAAAGAUUGCUUUCCAAGGCGAAGCGGAUGAAGCGCCGGACACGGUCCCGGGCGACAUUAUCUUUGUCGUCCAACAAAAGGACCACGCGGUUUUCUCUCGCAAGGGAGACGAUUUAUUCAUGGAGAAGGAAAUUACCCUCGUCGAGGCUUUGUGCGGUAUGAAGAUGACCGUCGAUCACCUCGACGGACGUCAGCUCGUCGUCACCACAGCCGAGGGCGAGGUCAUCAAACCUGGCCAGGUUAAGGCGGUUUACGACGAGGGCAUGCCCAAGGCUGGCAACCCUUUCCAAAAGGGACGUCUCUUCAUCCACUUCACCGUCAAGUUCCCGGUGUCGGGUGAUUUGUCCGAUGACGCUCUCGCCGCGCUCGAAAAGCUUUUGCCGCCGCGUCCGGAGCUCAGCAUCAACAUGGAGAGCGAAAAUGUCGAGGAAGUUACCAUGCACGAGGUCGACAUGGAGCAAGAGAAGCGCCGACGCGAGCACGAGCACAAGCACAGUCGCCAAUACGAGGAUUCCGACGACGAAGGCGCCGGCGGUCCGGGCGUGCAAUGCGCUCAGCAAUAA